AGUUACACAAAAAUGUCGAAUUUCAGACAUAUUUCUUUAUCUUUUAUGAGCGGGUUUGUAUUUGGAACAGAAUUUAUACUGAUGUUUUUGUACUAUCAAAAUUCGUCUAGUACUGGUUUUUGAUUUCCAAAGAUUUUUUGGGUUCAUGAGAUGUACCACGGGAGGAGCUUACCUGUUUCAGUUGAAAAGACUGACAAGAAAUACGAUAAAUAUAGUAAAUAUGAUGGCAAAUCUAACAUUCACUAUUCCACAAAAAGUAAUACCUCGAGGCACCUGUUGGCAAACCAUUCUGAUUUUCAUCAUAGUGCUGAAGAUGACAAUAGAACGGCGGAACAACUUUACCGAAGAGUUCGCGUUUUUUGUUGGAUCAUGACGUCACCUGCAACUUUACUCAGUAAGGCAAUUCACGUAAGAGAUACGUGGUCAAAAAGAUGUAACGUGCGUUUGUUCAUGAGCUCCGUGGAAAAUAAGACCUUUCCUGCAGUUGGACUCCCUGUUAGAGAAGGCCGGUCCCAAUUGUAUGAGAAGACAAAGGAAGCGUAUAAAUACAUUUGGAAACACUACAAAGACCAAGCCGAUUGGUUUUUGAAAGCUGAUGAUGACACUUAUCUAGUUGCUGAAAAUUUAAGAUUUUUACUAAAAGAUUAUGACCCACAAACACCGUUACAUUUUGGUCGAAGGUUCAAGCUCUUUGUUAAACAAGGAUACAUGAGUGGCGGAGCAGGAUAUGUUUUGAGUAAAGAAGCUUUGGAAAGAUAUGUUCAUGGAUUGGAUACGAAAAAAUGUCCUGAAGGGGGUGCAAUUGAAGAUGUCGAAAUAGGAAAGUGUUUGGAAAUAGUUGGUGUGGAAGCAGGCGACUCGAGAGACCAAAAACAAAAAGAUACCUUCCACCCUGUUAAUAUGAAAUUCCAUCUUAAACCGGAACCGAUACCUCAAGGAAAUUUUAUGAUCAACUAUGAUUAUUAUCCUAGUUGUCGGGGGAUAGAAUGCAGUUCGAUCUACCCUAUUUCUUUUCACAAAGUUACUCCAGACGAGAUGUACGUGUAUGAAUACAUGAUUUAUCACGCAAAAGUCUACGGAGUAGCUCAUACUCAUCCUAAAACAUGACAAGAUGCAAACACUUUUCGGGAGAGGAAGGCUCGAAUUGUUACCACGAAGCUAGAAUAAAUGACGUACGUUAGUAGAGAAACUGUUGCCAGAAUAAAGUCAUAUACCGUUAACGCAGUAAUUGCUGAUGGCGACUUUAUAUUUUGAAACGCAGCCAUGAAAUUCCAUUCUACAUUUUGACAAACUUAUCACACAAUCGCUUUUUAAUGACAAAGAUGAUUACUUACAACAUCUUGGAUGCUGUGUCAUCAAAUAUUUACUCUAUCAUCUUUAUAUUGUACACACAUGGAUGGAUCUACCAAUGCAAAGUAUAGCAGAACCAUUGGUUGCUAGUGUUGCGUAACUCUAAUUAAUAGCAUAUAAUAUUAAUGUUUUAAAAUUUUGUCCCUUCCAAGUGUAAAGUAAAUGAAAGCCACGUGUAGGCUAUUGUAAAUGAGAAAAAGGAUUGUGAUAAUUAGCGAUGCAUUUGUAUAACAAUAAACAUUAGUAUAGGCUGCUAUAUAUUUAGUUCAGUCAAUAGUGCUUCCUUACUUUUACUGUUUGUCGAGCAUUCAUGAAUACUGUAUGCAUAAGCUUCGCGCAUUCCACGCUUAUACCAAGUAGAAAGACGAACAAUAAUAGUAGUUUCGUAUAAUUUUGUACCAUUUUUAUUGUUUAUGAAUUUUCAAUUCCAAGAAAUGUGAAUAAUAAAAAUGCUUUUAUACAAUGCUUUAUUAAAA